AUGCCACUAUUGAAGACGCGGCCCUUGUUCAAUCCGGCUUACUUUGUAUCCCGGUAUAUACAUUGUUCGCUUCUGGAAGUUUUCAGUGUUGGUAGGUAUCGUAUGGAAUAGGUGAAACCAGAUUCAGGUAUUAUAUUAUGGUUCAUAUAUCACAGUAUGACAUCAAUCAACGAGGCAAUGAAGAGAAAGACAGAGGUCCAUGUAACUUUUAAAAAUACUGAAGUAGUUUUUAACAUGGACGCUCCGGAAGAUCCUGCGUUUUGUAACAAAACCAAUGUUUUCAUCGUUAUCUUUACAAGAACGGACGGGUUUGAGAGAAGAGAGAUUAUCCGCAACACCUGGAUGCAUGACAAGGUAAAAAUGCUUUGAAAAUGGGGCUGUAGUUGGUUUUAUCGUACACAUAUUGGAUAUAUAUAUUUUUAGAGCGUUCCGAAGGACGUUACAAUACGUUUUAUAAUCGGCACAACAGAAAACGAGGAAGUAAAUAAAAAGCUACGGAAAGAAAUGAAGAAACACAGAGACAUUAUACGCUACGACUAUGUAGACAGGUGCGAUGUGAUUUCCUUCAAGAUGCACACAGCCUUCUUUUACAAACAAAAGUACUGUCCGAACGCCAAGUACUUUAUAAAGACGGACGACGAUACAGUGCUGGACCUGAACAGAACUGCCCAUUACUUGAGGACUCUUUACGAUCCGAAGAUCAAGAAAACUCCGGAAAUGUUAAUGUGCCAUAUAAAGCCAUAUGAUCACAGGAAGGAUAUUGUUCAAGAGAACAAGUUGUAAGCUCAACUUUGCUUGAACCUUUGCUCUUCCUUUUUUAGACAUUGUUUACACUUUGCAAACAAAAUGCUUUUAGUUACGUACCAGAACACGGGUAUUACAAUAAAAGGAUUGAGUUCUGCCAAGGGUGCACUUUUAUGGCUACAAGCGCCGCCGUCAAUACCAUUUUAAACACGACUAGACAGUUCAACUUAUUCCACAUCGAUGACGUCUUAUACGGUGGACUGGUCAUUACCAAAACCAAUAUCACGAUGAUUGAUAACGAGAACUUUGGCCACGAGGUGAGGGAAACUUUAGAGUAGCCAAAGAAGCCACUUCUCUUUAUUGAUAUUAUUUUAAUUUCGAUUCAAGUUUGCCAAGACGGAAUACAAGUGUGAUGACCACAAUGUCCCGCUGCCCUUGGCACAAUACGGGUUAAAAACCGAAGCCAUGGAAAACGCCUAUGCUAUGCUGAAGAAUAUCCAGUGCUCGAACAAGCCAAAGAUGGUGGUUCCGGCAACGCCGUCGCCGCCCUCGCCGUCGCUGCUUACAUCACUCUCAAAGUUUCUACGGCUAAAAAAUUAA